ACGCAGCCUAAACUUGCAGAAUACCAAAACGAAGUCGGCGACGCCAAAUUGCGUUUUACUUUUCCAUUUUAGGGCUUCAAGAUCUGAUCUACCGUCGAAAUCAUGGGAUCGGUGCUGGCAUUUACAGAUGAUGCGGUUCUAUCUGCCAGUCUUGUUUUGGAUGCGUUAAAGGAGCUUGGGAAUGGAGUUUCGGAUAAGUGUGAACCUCAAAUUAUCACUCAAGCGUCUUCCUUGAGUCAGCUGCCACAGGGGACUUCCUCUGUCGACAUUGUGUUUGCCCUUUGCAGAUCAAUUGAAUUCCCAAGUGAUCAGUUGUUGAAGGAGGCCUCAAGAGUCUUGAAGCCUGGUGGAACAAUUGUAGUUUGCAAGACUUCUGAAACAGAUAAGACCACCUCUGUUCUUGAGCGCAAGUUACUGCUCUCUGGUUUUCUAGAAGCACAAGCUCUUCAAACAAAAUCAUCUCAGUUAUGCUCUGGAGUCAAGGCUAAAAAGCCUUCUUGGAAAAUUGGCUCAUCCUUUGCCUUAAAAAAGCCUUCAAAAGCUCUACCAAAGUUGCAGAUUGAUGAUGAUUCGGAUCUGAUUGAUGAGGAUAGUUUACUAACAGAAGAGGACUUGAAGAAACCCCAGCCAGUUGUAGCUGAUGAUUGUGAAGUUGGAAGCACAAGGAAAGCUUGUAAAAACUGCACUUGUGGGAGGGCUGAAGCGGAGGAAAAAGUAGAGAAGUUACAAUCUACUGUGGACUUAAGCAGUUUCCAGUCGGCAUGUGGCAGCUGUGGAUUAGGGGAUGCUUUCCGAUGCUCUACAUGUCCUUAUAAAGGUCUUCCUCCAUUCAAACCAGGCGAGAAGGUAGUGUUUUCUUCAAACUUCCUUGCAGCAGACAUAUAAACAAUUGGCGAGGGAACCACUGCAUGGUUGCGUGAGGAUCUUGGAUUCUAGAAUAUGUGGGGAUGGUUUCUCCACAUUUUGGGUUAUUUUUGUAUUAGUGACCAUUUUACCUCCUCCAAACAGUUGAACUUUUGGGUUGUACUCUGAAUUGAUAGGUGUCCAGGUUUCCAUGAUUGUUUUUGAGUUUCAAAAGCGUUCUGGGUUGUAGUUCAAGGUUUUACAGCAUUUUGCAGUACUUGUAUGGGUUAUUAACAAUGUUGUACUGUUAAGCAUAACUGGAUUUACAUUUUCAAUAAUGGGUCUCAGGUUGUGUUCAUUAGUACCAGACUAUUAAUUCAUUUGUUAUCAGUG